CUUUCUACAGAGAUAAAUUUAAGUUUUAAAAAUGGCAAUGAAAGUUCUGGUCGGUUGUAAGAGGGUUAUCGACUACGCAGUCAAAAUCAGGGUUCGUCCUGACAAACUUGGAGUUGUGACGGAUGGUGUGAAGCACAGCAUGAACCCCUUCGACGAGAUUGCAGUGGAGGAGGCGGUAAGGAUGAAGGAGAAGAAGCUGGUUAAGGAGAUUAUUGUUGUCAGCUGUGGACCCACUCAGAGCCAGGAAACUAUUAGAACUGCGCUGGCCAUGGGAGCAGAUCGUGGAAUCCAUAUUGAAGUCCCAGAUGCUCAGAUGGCACUUCUGCAACCUCUUCAUGUGAGUAAGAUCCUGGCAGCUCUUGUUAAAAAAGAAUCAGCUGAUCUUGUUCUCCUUGGUAAACAAGCUAUUGAUGAUGACAGCAAUCAAACAGCACAGAUGACAGCCGCCCUUCUAGACUGCGCACAGGGAGUGUUUGCCUCCAAAGUGAAUGUGAAUGGAGAUACUCUCGAGGUUGAGAGAGAAGUAGAUGGAGGGCUGGAGACUAUUAAGAUAAAACUACCAUGUGUUCUCUCAGCGGACCUCCGACUAAAUGAACCCAGAUACGCAACACUUCCCAAUAUUAUGAAGGCUAAAAAGAAGAAGAUUGACAAAAUUUCUGCCGCAGAUUUAGGAGUAGACCUGGGAGCCAGAAUAGAGAUUGUAUCUGUGCUUGACCCUCCUGUGCGCGAGGCUGGUCAAACUGUAGCUGAUGUUCCCGAGCUUCUUAGUAAACUUAAAGACAAAGGAUUCUCCAGUUAAACUCAAGAGAAGGGAUUCUAAAAACUCAGUGAAGGUUAUGGUGACUGUCGACUCUACACUGGAUAACAAUCUUGAAUCUUGUAAAACGUUGAUUUUUAAGUUUGUUUUAACAAAACAAAAUUUUAAUUGUAUAUUUUUUGAAUUAACAAACUAUGAAACUAAAUAUUUUAUCAUUAUUCAAGAAAACUUUAUAAAAACCUAACAUUUAAAGGCAAGCAUAGAAUAAGUAAUAAAUAUUGUUAGGGUAUUAAUAAUUAUGUAUUUGAUUAAUAAUAAAAUGAAUCUUCUCUA